AUGGAGACCAUCAAACUGACCACCUUCACUGACGGCUACAAAGUCGCUCCCAAAAACGACGACGUCGACGUCGAGUCCCAGGAAGACAGCACUGACUAUUCCGGCCGGGCCCAGUGGCUCCGCGCCGCCGUCCUCGGCGCCAACGACGGCCUCCUCUCCACGGCGUCCCUCAUGAUGGGUGUCGGCGCCGUCCGCCAGGACGCUAAGACCAUGAUUCUCACCGGCGCCGCCGGCCUCGUCGCCGGCGCCUGCAGCAUGGCCAUCGGCGAGUUCGUCUCCGUCUACUCCCAGUACGACAUCGAGGUCGCCCAGAUCCAGAGGGACCUUAAGCGGGCCGGCGGCGAGCCGGCGCCGGAGGAGGCCAAGCUGCCGAACCCGCUGGAGGCCGCCGCCGCGUCGGCGUCAGCGUUCGCGCUGGGGGCAGCGGUGCCGCUGCUGGUGGCGGCGUUCGCGAAGAGCCUGAUCUCAUGGAUUAGCCAGAACAGUGGAGAAGCAAGGAACUGGUAG